AUGUCGAAUCACGAUCAUUCUUUCCUGGAUGUGUGGGACUUUUUAACAAGUUAUCGUUCUUCACCACAACGCCUUGAGGCAGCUUUCCCCAUAAUUUCCCACUUUUUGCUCAAUGGCGCGGAAACGCUGCGCAAUCCUGCUGCUUUGAUUGCGGUGGAUAGUCAACCAAGCAACAUAGCCACUAGUUUUGCCUUAAGAGGCAAAACUUACGAGGUAACGAGCUCACAAAAGGUGAAAGCUUCGAAAUUAUCACAAGAUUUACAUUUUGAAUUCCAGGAGUGUUUGAGAAUCGUUUCACAGGUGGACUCUAGAUUGAGCUGUAAUUUCGAACAGGAACAUCUGCACACGGAAUACGUUUUGAGAGAGCGAAAUAGUCUCCUUAACAUUCUUCUAAUUCUGCUUAACGGACAUGCAGAAUUACCAGCUGAGGCUGAUCAGUUGAUUGCCACAAUAAUCGGUGACAAGGACAAGUUUUGUCUCAAUUUGAUUGAUGCGAUUUCCAAACUGCUCGAAGCAACUAUCAGGGAUCAGAGGGGCGUCGAAGAUGACGACAACACGAAUUUGCAAACUAAAUCGACUUAUGCCACGCUGUAUAUUGCCGUGGGUAUCGAGAUAAUAGCAACGAUCAUCUUCAAUUAUAAUUGCCCUUUUAAUGUUACCACAAGGUGGCUGGAAUUGAUGAAAACCAGCGAUUAUCUGUUAAUUUUUGCAGACGCCAUGAAAAUACCAAGUGAUUCUCGGGAUCGACUAAUGGCACUCAGUACCGUGUGCACUUUACUCUUCUUAGGACUAGAUGCGUCUAGUCCCGCAAUUAACUCACAUGCAGACUUUUUCGUUCAUCCUUCGCAUUUCGUUUCAAUUAACCAGUUUUUUUUGGAACAACCGAAAAAUCCGAUUGUCAACUACUACUGGUCCUAUGUUUUGUCAUUGCAAUCUUACCUGUGUGAAGAAUACCCAGACGAAAAUCUUGAUUUCGUAGGAAAAGUUUUCGGAAGUACUCCAAUCACUUCUAUCAUUGCAACUCUGAUUUUAAAAGCUAAUGAAUUCAGUUUUUUGGAUUGCCUGACAUCCCAGGUCACUGCAGUGGCUGAUGACAAAAUAUGGUCUGUAGUACUGAUGGCGUUCGUGACACUAUCCUUAAAUUUCCUACCCUUUUCAGAUCUUGUUACAAGCGCUAUCGAAACCUCAUUGAAGUGUGUUCCGCCUAAAUUCAUUGAAGAUUUCUUAAUCUAUCCCGAAUUUGAAAGGAAAUUUUCUGUUGUGAGAGCGAAGGUGCCUCUAAUCAACGAAGGUCUUUUACCGAUGAUACAUCUAACCUCGUUAAACCCAGAUUUCGCAAACAUCGAGUGGAAAGAGCUUAACACGUACACGGAAAAUUUGACUCUAUCCGCUUUAAGUUACGAUUUGGCAGACUCUGACGAGGUUACCGACGAGUCGGAUUUGAUCGUGUUAAAAAAAGAACAUUUCGUGAAGCCGCCGCUAGAAUUGGAUAGUAAUACUUUUGUCCUGAUACCGGAAAACACAAAAGGUAAAAUUGUACCUACUGCAGAUGACAAUAGCGGGGAAGUUAAAGCAGUAGUAUUUCUCUACAGUUACAAUGGGUGGUCAAUGCUUGGAAGAUUAUUGAGUAAUUUAUGCAAGACCUACCACCAAUUUAAGGAAACUGACGAAAAAGAAAAGAACUCCGAGCUAUUGAUAGCCAUUAUUGGUCUUAUUUCAAGCGUUGUGGGAGCUGAAGUUCCUCGCACCCGUUCAGCGGAAAUAGUAAGCCAUCUUUCUGCAAACAUUAGCGAAGAUGAUAUCUUUGCCACAAUUUUCGGCUUAUUUGAGGUAGCGUUGAAUGCUCGCGAUAUACCUAUUUUAUGUGCCUGUUUGCGCUUGAUGAUAAGACUAACAUCAUCUUUCCCCCAGAUGGUAUGGGGCCAUUUAGUCAGGUCAGACCUCACCGAUAAAAAUGGAAAGGAAGGAUUAGCAGUAAUAAUUUUGGGUAGCACAGAGUUGCCAGCUGGUAACUUCGAAUUCAGCGCAUUGCUCAUUUCUCUGGUGAAUCAACUGGUGACGGACUCCAUGUCGGUAGACCAGAUGUUUCCGGAAAGAAUCAAAAGUGAAAUUCUUUUGAAGCUAACUGCACAUUUGAUCCAAAUUUAUGAGAGCUAUCAAUACUGGAGGUUCUUAGAUCAAAAUCAAAUGAUAGAGAUUGGUAUCUCGUUAACCUCCCUCAUUUCCAGGGUUUUGUACACCGUUUAUGGGAUAAACUCUUCCUUUUCAUCCGACAAAGGGCCCGGUAAAGUUUUGAAAGGAUCCGCAGACUGCAUAGUAAGCCACUUUUUUGCAUCACAAUCGCCCGAUGUUAGGGCGGUCAAUUCAUUGAAGAAUAUCAUAAAAGCCUCGCUGAAGACUGGCUCCAUCAACGGAAAGUCGGUUAACCUUAAGAAGCUUACGAGGCUCGUUACGAAAAGUUUUGACUUGGCAUCACUGCUGAUUUCUUUAAGGCCUUUGUUGAGACUAAAGCUCUCUACGCUAGAAUUGGUCCUAUUCUCAACUUCGUCGCACAUGGUCGAUUUAUAUUGCUCACGUCAUGAAGUCAGAAAUGAUGUGAUCAGGCUCUUAACCUAUUUGGUCAGUGUUCCAUUUGCUGAAGAUGUGCCAUCACUUUUAGCCCAUAUGGGACCAGAGAAGGCUGAAACAUUAUCGAGUAGCUUGGCUUCUGAUUUGAGAAAUCCUUUAACUGGGGACGCUCUUUUGCAAAACAUUUACACUUUCUUUUCGGCAGUUAUGGAUGGCCGUCAAGAUGGUCUAGCUGUCCUCUUUUUGACAGGAAGAGUAGUUUCCGGCUCAAAAUCAGAUGACAGUAAGCUGCGGAGCGCAAAGUCGUCGAAUACCUCUCUUUUGGAAAUAUUGAAAGAAACUGCUAUGAAACUAGACAGUUUGCCAAAGCCGGUGGCUUCGCAACUACUUGAUGCCAUUGCAUUUGCGUUCAAUAAAUGGAAUGCUGCCAGAGACCCUCAAAAGGACAAAUCUUUGAUAACAUUCUUGCUCAAAAAGCUUGAAAGUUUCAAACCUCUAUCCGCUCCCAUUGGAGCCAAAGACACAGCCGCAUUUGCUGAUCUGCUGAACGAUUUCAAAUUGGUUUCACGCUUAGCUGAGAUUUUGGCUUUAUGUCUCUACACAUCUUCACCUGCCGAUCCCUCGACAUACGCUGUUUUAAAGAGCACUCAACUGGCGACUAUCGUAAAACCUUAUUUCAAUCUUCAAAGUUUAGAUGAGGAUUCGGUCGAACUGCUUGAGAAAAAAUUUGAACAGCAGUGGCCAAAUUUGCAAUUGGACAUGUUCCUCAAGUCUCCUCUUUUGAGCUCUACUAACCAGAGAUUUAUUUUCAAUUUUGACUUGAUGGAUCACUACUUUAGUUGCGACGAAAAGUGGUCAGGGACAAACGAUAGGAAUGGUUUCAGAAGUGAACUAUUGGAGGUUUCAUCUAAACUCCAACUUAAAGCUUAUCGUAUCGCAGCUGCCAAAUCUUGGGGCGCUCUACUUUCAGCUUUCAUCAAAAAGACACCAACUCCACUUGAAUCGACUUUUAUUGACAUCGCGGAAAGUUUCUUGGCGCAAAAUGCAUCUUCAGAUAAAGAAAACCUACAAACUGAUGAGCUCUAUCUUGAAUGCUCGGAAUUGUCAUUUUACAUCCUUUACUCUCUUCUCAAGACCUCGGUCAAAGUUCCACAGAAAAGGCUUCAAUCUCUACUGCUGAAUUUGAUGGACACGGUAAAGUCGGAAAGGGUCAACUUCUUACAAAGCAUCGUUAGCUACAGCAAAUCAACAGCUUACCGUCCUAUAUUGCGCUGUGUUUUGAUUGUUUGCAGCCUAUUCAAGUCGCAAUGCGAAAUUUUUGAGAAUAUAUCAGAUGAGAUUCUCGAAUUUUUGGAAGCGACAGUCGCUAGAGGUGUUAGCUUAAUUCUCUCAGAGUUACUUGCUAAGAUUAACGCUUCUUUGGCAGAGGGAGUUGAGCCCGUCAUUGCCAAUAUCAGCGAAAAGAUUCAAGAUCUGUCCUUGUUGUUAUCACUUCUCACUCAUUUCAAAGCACUUCGACCCCCAGAUAGCUUCAAUCUAAUUCUCGCCUCAAUUCUUGACAAUGCAGGGACUUUGAAAGCUGUUUUGAAUCUCUACUCGUGCUCUCAUUUGAUGAAAAUUAACCGUGAGCCAGUUCUCUCCGAUCUUGCACUUUCAUUCAUUUUGGAGUUUUGCUCUGUUGAUUAUGUUGCCGAGAAACUGGUAUCCAAUGGCUUGUUUACUGUUAUUUUGGAGAGCCCCGUCUCUUUGGCCAUUCAGAAAGGUGGAAUAACACCUCAAGGAAAUCCUAGAUUGCAUCACAUUUGGAAUAAAGGAUUAAUAUGCGCGAUUUUGCAGUUAUUGAGUUUAUUUGGUACUAAUUUGUUGCCUGAGUGUUGCCUAUUUGUUUCGUUCUUUGGAGAACAAAUCAAAACAACGAUAACCAGCUGGUCGGGUGAUUCCCUGGCAAUUUCGAAUGCGCUAAUACAAGAAACCAUCCAAGUGGUCUUGCUGCAGAAGAUGUUUCGCGCUCUGGACUAUCGAGACUUUUUGGCAGAUUCAACUGGCCAGUCAAAGACAUCAAGUGAAGUUGAAGCCAUCCAACUCUUUUUCGGUCUUGAUUCAAAGCAGGAAAGAAAAGAGUUCAAUGCGACAUUGGAUCAUUUAUUGACGCAUCCCAAAUUUUUGAGCUCACGAAUCAUACCGACGACUUUAGAAGAACAACGGCUCUUAGAGCAAGAACCCACUAGAGCUCAAUUUUCUAAAAGCAUCACAGAGUCAAUCCGUCAACUACAGGCGGCUUUGACCUCCGAUAAUUGGAUCGAAUAA